GCCACGUGAUGGAGGAAAAUUCACUACUACAUAAUCCUUUGAGAAAAUCUCUACUCGUCUUGGUCCUUUCCUUCUGUUGCACAUAUGCAGAUCUCUGCUCACUCCAUACCUGUGUCAUCGCAGAUGUGGGAAGCGACGCUACCCUGCCCUGUGGGAAUCUGACAGGACAAGACACUUCUCAAGUGAACUGGUAUAAAAACAGUCCAGACACACUGAAAUUGCUUUUGACUUACAGUGUAACUGAACAACAGCUCUUUCAAUUAAAUGAAACAAAGCCCAGAAUAAAACUGCUGCAUAGUCCAAAUGAAGAUUUUGGUCUCCAGAUUCUUCAGGUGCAGCAACUGGAUGCAGGAAACUAUACAUGUAAAGCAACAAUGAACACUGGGGUGAAAAGCACACAAUGGGAGCUCAUUACACACGAUUCCAAACCUGUCACGAUCAGAUUAUACCACAUUAUUGUGUGUGUGGUAGUAACAACUAUUGUCAUUUUGAUCAUCUCUGGAGUCAUUGUUUGCAGGAAUAACAUUUGUAAACUGUGUUGGAAAACAACUGAUAGCAACACUUACAUAUCACAACAGGGACAGACACGAUCCAAAGAAGGUAAUGAAAUCUAUAUGAACUGCCCCUCACUCCGUGAUGCUUCUCACAGUAAUAAGAGUUACCAUUACUCAUGAUGACCUGCAAGCCUCAAAUUGUUUUCUUUUUGAAAAUUUACCAAAACUAUGCAACUGGGAAAAUGAAGAGCUCUGGGACAUAGUUUAUUAUCUUGUAUUGAAUUUAUUUUAGAAAUUUUGUAAAACAAAAAUUAAUGUCACCUUGUGUAGAAAUGCAUGCUAUACUAUUGGAGACUUUUGGUAAUCGGAACCAACUUACAUUUUAUUGUUUCAGAUGUUUGAAAUCCACUUUUUAUAAAUACAAAUAUGUACAGAGUUAAUAUAAUUCAAUACACAUAGUUUCAUGGUAUUCUUUUGGAGUUUGUUGUUAAUUUUAUUAAGGACUAAGCGAACUAUGAUUCUUAGCACAAUGAGAGAAGUUGCAAAAUCAACCGGAAUGUUCAAGCAAAUUCUAGAAAAUAACCCAAUCUAAAUCCCUUAAGUAGUUCUCUCUUGAAAAGCAAACAGACGUUGGAUUUUAUAUAUACACAGAUUUUUCCUAACUGAAGGUAGUACUUCAGCAGUCAUUGGUACAAGAUGGGCUGUGCUCAGAAAAUGUUAAUGACAUAGCAAAUGAUGAAGAGCUUAAGAGUACAAUACAAGAGAAAGUAGGAGUGAUCUUUGUUCAAGAAAAGUAAGUUUUGUGCUACAAGUUUAGGCUGCAAUGGAGGGUUAUAAUCAUUUUGUUAAAAAUGGUAUAGCACAUAGUGUUUUGAAGUUUGGUUUAAAUGCCAGUCACCUGCCAUUGUAAUAUGGAAAAUGAGUGCACUGUGGAUUAAACUGUGGUUUUAACGCAAUUUCCU